AUGACCAGUUCAAACGGAAAUACAAGUCAUUGGAAUGGUGAAAGUUCCGUCCCAGACAAAUUGCUCUCGAUCAUGGACGACGAUCCUGUAUGCGUUGUCGGCAUAGCUUGCCGGCUUCCUGGAGACGUCCGGUCACCUUCAGAUAUGUGGGAUUUUCUUGUGGACAAGAAAUCCGCCCAAGGAAGAGUUCCAGCUGCGAGGUUCAACAUAGAUGGGUUCCAUUGCACAAAUGAUGGGCGUCCAGGAGUUAUAGCGGCCGACGGCGGCUACUUCUUGAACGAAGAUGUCCGCCUGUUUGACAAUGACUUCUUCGGAAUCAACAACCUCGAGGCAAAAUCAAUGGAUCCCCAUCAGCGCAAACUUCUUGAAAUCACUUAUGAGUGUCUUGAAAGUGCCGGCAUCUCGAUGGAGAACGCGAGUAACUCAAACACUGGCGUUUACGUGAGCAACUUCACGGUCGAUUUCACCAACAUGCACUUUCGAGAUCCAGAUUACAUGCAUCGAUACAGCUCGACCGGCUCCAAUAUGGCGAUCCUCGCUAACAGGAUCAGCCACGUUUUCAAUUUCCAUGGUCCCAGCCUGGCUGUUAACACGGCCUGCUCAUCCUCGUUCUACUGCUUGCAUACCGCUGUCCAGGCGCUGCAAACCGGCGAUUGCGACGGUGCUGUUGUAGCCGGUGCGAACUUGAUCAUGAGCCCAGAAAUGCACCUCGAGACCAUGAAAGGAGGUGUAUUAUCUCCCACAUCGACCUGUCAUACCUUUGACGAGGCGGCAGAUGGCUAUGGACGAGCCGAAGGAAUCAACGCCGUGUACCUCAAACGUCUAUCAGCUGCAGUCAAGGACGGCAACAAAAUUUGGGGCGUCAUUCGGGGGACUGCAGUCAACUCGAAUGGGAAAACCACAGGGAUCGCGCAACCGAGCGCAGCAUUCCAGGAGGCUGUCAUUCAAAAGGCGUACGCAAACGCCAAGCUUGAUCCUCUCGGCACGGAUUACGUUGAGUGCCACGGUACUGGAACUUCAGUUGGGGAUGCCACAGAGGUCGAGGCACUCAGGCGGUGCUUCCCACCGCGGGAGGGAAUGCCAUUGAUGAUUGGCUCGGUCAAGACAAAUUUUGGCCACAGCGAGGCGGCAAGUGGUCUGACAUCACUCAUCAAGGUUCUCCUUGCAUUCGAGAAUGACAUGAUACCACCUACUUAUGGCUUGAAAAAGUUGAGCCCCAAAUUGCCUCUUGAUUCAAUGAAUAUGAAGGUUGUUACCCAGCCAGAGAUGUGGCCCAGCUCGACCCGUCGUGCUAGCAUCAACUGUUUCGGCUAUGGAGGUGCGAACGCGCACACGAUUGUGGAGUCCUUGGAGAGCUAUCUGGGAACCCAGAAAGCGAGGAGGAGGAUGCUCCACCCAGCCUCAGACAAGAAAUUUGUCAUUCCUUUGUCCGCAAAGUCAAGCGAGUCUCUGCAGCUACGCAUGUCACAGAUUUGGAAUAUGACCCAGUCGAGCUUGACCUCUCUCGAGGACCUGUCGUUCACGCUAUCCCAGCGUAUAUACAAUUUUGAACACAGAAAAUGUCUCUUGGCAGAUUCCACCACUCACGUCGAGGUUGGAGCCUCAGGAACCACCAAGUCCACACCAAGGCACAGCCUACCCGCGGCAUUCAUCUUCACUGGACAGGGCGCUCAGUAUGCUGGAAUGGCAAGCAAUCUUAUAGCCCAAAAUCAAACUUUUUGCCAGACCAUCAGACAGCUUGAUCGCACGCUCCAGUCGCUUCCUGAUGGACAGAAGCCAAUGUGGACUUUGGAGCAAGAAAUAUCAAACUCCUCUACCGACAACGUCAACCGUGCUUCAUACAGUCAGCCCCUCUGUACAGCUAUACAGAUUGGAAUUGUUGACGUGUUGCGAGCUUGGGGAGUUUCCCCAUCAGCCGUACUUGGCCACUCUUCGGGAGAAAUUGCUGCAGCAUAUGCUGCAGGACUGCUCACUGCAUCCCAAGCAAUCAUCGUGGCCUACUUGAGGGGCUACGCGGUUGAGAGCUUUUACGUUCCUGGGGCGAUGCUGGCAGUCGGUCUGGGACAGCGAGCCGUUGAGUGCAUCAUACAAGAAAAGGAUUUGAAGAAAGAAGUCUGCGUAGCCUGUAUCAAUGACUCAGAGAAUGUCACGAUAAGCGGCACCGAAGAUGCGAUCGAGAUUUUGCACCUUGAGCUUCAGGCACAAGGGAAAUUUGUACGACAGCUCGAUACGGGGGGCAAAGCCUACCAUUCUCAUCUCAUGAGAGACACCGGAGACCUCUAUGAGCGCCUGAUCACACCGUUCCUGGAUUGCGCCACCCUUGCUUUGAGACACAACGCCAAAGUAGACAUGUUUUCUACAGCAGGGAGCAUCGCUCUGCAUGCCGAAGAGUGCGCAAGUCCAACGUAUUGGCGAAAGAAUCUCGAAAACACCGUCCAAUUCUCUUCUGCGUUGACACGGUUGGUUGAAGCUGGCGACUAUCAUCUGAUCGAAAUAGGACCUCAUCAUGCUCUGAAGGGCCCAGUCCUUCGUACUCUUGCCAGUAACAAGAAGAAGGACUUACCGUACAGUGUUACCUUGUCGAGGGACAGUGACAGCGACCUAGCCAUGAAAAUAUUGGCUGGUAGUCUUUUUUCCCAUGGUCACGAACUAGACUGGGCUGAGGUAAACGGCAUCUCUGACGACGCCUCUGCCUUGGUCAACAUUCCACCAUACCCUUGGAACUACUCAAGCCCCCUUCUCUGGGAAGAGUCGCGUACCAGCUCUGACUUGCGAAACCGAAAGCAUGUGCGACACGAGCUCAUUGGAUCACAGCAGCUUGCUGGAAGCGGGCUCCAGUGGGCCUGGCGAAAUCUGCUUAGCCUGAACGAGAUUCCGUGGCUUCGUGACCACAAGCUAGAGGCACAGAUUGUCUUCCCCGCCGCUGGAUACAUCGCCAUGGCAAUUGAGUCAUUCUCCCAAGUGCAGAGUGCUCCACAGAACGAUCGGGGUUUCGAGCUGAGAGAUGUAGCCAUCAAUAAAGCCUUGGUCAUUCCGGACAACUCAGAGGCUGGAAACGAGGAUAUCUUCUGCAUCUACCUCGGACGAAUGGUACGAGUUCUCGGUGUCCUCGUGGAGUCAAGGGGUGCAGCUACGGAGCACUGUGCCGGAUAUAUCAGAACGGCGAAUGCCCCAGAAAAGGAGGGUGCUGUUCUCCUCCAGACGAACGACAACUACGACAGGUGGAAUAUGAAUAAGUGGUACCAAAAGCUACGCGAAGAGGGCUUGAACUUCGGUCCAUCAUUCCAGUCAGUAACAGGUCUCUCGACCCAUGGAAGUAGGAAACAGCAGGCGGCUGUGGGCGAGACCAACCUGGAGUCUCCACCAUCGACUGGGUCAGCGUACAUGAUACAUCCCAUCGCGAUCGACGCUUGCAUCCAAACAGCCAUCUUUGGUUUUACGGGAGGCAACGUGGCCACUCUUGGGGCAUGGAUGCCUGUGUUCAUUUCACAGUGUCACGUACAGCCUCCUCGUGCUGGGGAAACCAAAGCAACCAUACAUACACGGUCGGUGGCAACAGGCUUUACCAGGAUGGUCCUCGAUUGCACGCUCCGAGACGGCCGUGGGUAUCCAGUACUGGACAUGAAGGAUGUCCGGACGUCGCGCUAUCACGGCAGUAUCGAUCAAAGAGAGAUUGAUCAACGCCACCCAUGCCUCCGGAUUCAUUGGAAACCGGACAUAACACGUGUUGGUCCAGGCUCGGAUACCGCAUUGGCUCGGUACGUAAACAAUGCCUUCCAGCAGGAGGAGGGAGACUCAAUGAACGACAUGAGGCAGAGUAUCGUAACGAUCCUCCUUGACCUAGUCGCACAUAAAAUGCCGAAUAUGCGUGCUUUGGAGCUCUCUGGUCUCUGCUCGUGCAAAACGAGGGAGUGGCUUGACCUUCUUGAUCAGGAUACGGACUUCCCUCGGUGCGGAAGCUGGCACCGUGGAAACGUCCUCGAGAAUGGAGAAAUUGAGGUGGAAAAUGACUCGGAGGGCCUCUUCAAUCUUGUCGUGGCCCUGGAGUAUACCUCCUCGCACAAUGGCUGGGUCAAAGAAAUACUGAGCAGGAUGAGCAGCAAUCUGAGUUUCGUCAUCGCUCGACGAACGCCGGAGCUGGUCAAUGUUCUGAUUUCCGCAAACUUCUCUGUCACCGACGUUGGAUGCAACAUUAUCCUCGCAACUCGGAGUGCACAGAGCAGUUUUCCCAAAGGGAAAAAGGUAGUGCUGGUGUACCGUGAAAACUCUCCUGCAACUGAUCAAUUGACCGAAGCCUUGACGGCCUACUUCGAAAAGACGGUCGAUGUUGGCCUCGUACAGAGGGUCUCCUUGACCGGUAUACACUCGGCUGGUCUAGACCAGGAAACGUUCUGCAUCUCUCUCCUGGAGCUAGAGAACGAGUUCUUGGCCUCGAUGAACCCUGAAGACAUGGAUCUUUUGCGCGAGAUGACUGGAAAGGUCUCUGAUCUAUCAUGGAUUACCGGCAGCAGUGGUCUGGAAGAGUCGAACCCUCGGCUCACCAUGGCGCAUGGCUUGUCACGGUCCCUCAUGCUGGAACAGCCCUCGAUGCGUUUCACGGUGGUAGACAUCGGCCGUCAUCGUGACUUCGAACAGACCAUGGCGCUGACAUGCAGCAACCUGCUUCAGGCAUUCGUGGCCCAAGGCGACACGGACGAUAAGGAAUUCAUACAGCGAGAUGGCCUACUGUACAUUAGUAGAUUCGCCCCCGACAAAGAUCUCAACACUCUGUUCCGCAUGCGCCAGGAAGAGCGAGGCAAAGUACACACAUGCAAUGACACAUUGCGAAAUGCAGGGGUCUGCAGAUUUGCAGUUGGUACGCCUGGGCUGAUGGACUCUAUUUACUUCAAGCAAUUACGCGAGCCCCCUACGGACCUGCCGGGCGGGGCUGUUGACAUUCAGAUCAAGGCGGUCAGCCUGAAUGCCAAAGACAUAUACAACCUGCACGGGCGACUGGACAUACGAGGUGCCACCACGGCUUGCGAGUUCUCAGGGGAGGUGCUGAAGGUCGCUCACGAUGUGGAACAUCUCCAGGCGGGAGACCGAGUUGUGGCAAUGGUGCCAAACUACUUCACCACUACCGAGCGAGUGCCGGCGUGGACGGUACAAAAGCUUCUCCCGGACGAAGAUUUCGCCACACUGUCGACGAUUCUGGUGCCCUACAGCACGGCGCUAUACGCACUGCACGACUGCGCUCGUCUUUCCAAAGGGGAAUCUAUCCUAAUCCAUGCUGGUUCCGGCGCUCUCGGAAUAGCUGCAAUCAAUGUGGCACAGAGGGCGGGAGCAACGGUUUACACGACCACGAGCUCAGAUGUGAAGAAGAACUUUCUCGUGUCACAGUUUGGCAUCAAGCCAUCGCACAUCUUCAGCUCUCGCGAUUCGUCUUUCGUCCAGGGGAUACACCUUGCCACGGCGGGGCGCGGCGUCGAUGUUGUCCUGAACUCGCUGGUUGGCGAUCUGAUGCACGCGAGCUGGAGAUGCAUCGCCGACUUUGGCAGGUUCGUGGAAGUAAGCAAACGCGAACUCGUCGAUGCAGGUCGGCUGGACAUGAUCAUGUUCCAACGGAACGCGACGUUUACUGCUUUCGAUCUCAGCGAGAUGUUUCAUUCCAACCACCCGGCCCAACUUUCAAAAUAUGCAAGAAACAUGAAAACGGCUCUGGACUGGUACCGGUCUGGUAAAAUAAAGACGAAUCCUUUCAAGGUGUUCGACGUUUCUGAUAUAACCUCGGCAUACCGCUAUUUCUCAUCGGCUGAGCGCAUCGGCAAGGUUGUGGUUUCACUUGAGAAUGGGCUGAGCCAGAUACGAGUCUCUCCGCCAAGAUACCAAUCGCUCUUGGAUCCCAGCAAAGUAUACCUGCUUGUAGGGUGUUUGGGUGGUCUUGGGAGAAGCAUCAGUCGCUGGAUGGCAACGCGCGGUGCUCGACGCCUUGUUUUCCUGGGAAGGUCGGGCUGUGACAGUCCAUCCGCACAAAGGCUGGUGUCCCUUCUCGAGGACGCAGACGUGAAGGUGAAGGUCGUAAAGGGAGACGUGACACGAUGUGACGAUGUGCUCGAGGCUGUCGAGGCCUGCAAGGCCUUGGGCGGGCCGAUCGGCGGCGUGAUACAGGCUGCGAUGGGCCUCCAGGAGGCGCUCUUCUCCCGCAUGUCGAACGAUGCGUGGCAUCAGGGAAUCGAUGCCAAGUGGGCGGGCACCUGGAACCUACAUAACGCCAUUGACGGUUGCGAUGAUGAUCUCGACUUCUUCUUCAUGACAUCCUCCAUUUCGGGGACGGUGGGCAUCGCUACGGAGGCAAACUACUGCGCAUCCAACGGCUUCCUUGACGCGUUUGCACGCUGGAGGCGGGAGCAGGGCAAGCCUGCCGUCUCAGUCGGUCUGGGAAUGGUUUCGGAAGUCGGAUAUCUGCAUGAAAACCCGAAGAUCGAAGCCAUCCUGCUGCGGCGAGGUAUCUACCCACUGAACGAGGAGGACUUUCUCCAGAUCGUCGAUUUUGGCAUUACCAGUUCUGCGAAUCUCGACCUCGCGCAAGCGCACAUCUUGACGGGCUUGGAGUCGCUCGGCCUUCAGAAUCUGAUGGCGAAAGGCUUUGAUGUCAACAAUCUCCCCUUCCAGGAUCCGCGCGCGAGCAUCGUGGCACAUGCUCUGGAAGUCCAAAACCUGACGCGCACCGCACAUCAUGCAGGAAAAAAAGGUCGCUUUGCGGCGAGCUCUGCAGUGUGGGCCGAGGAGGCUCAACAAACAGGGUUGGACUCGCUGUCAACGGCCACGGAUGCAAAGUCGCACCGGGACGCCGUACUGAAGGUUAUUCAGAAGCAAUUCUCGAAUCUCAUCCUCACGCCGCUGGAUGCCAUAUUGGUCACGAAACCCCUGGCCCAGUUCGGCGUGGACAGUAUGAUCGCUUCCGAGUUUAGGACCUGGUUUUGGGCCACGUUCAAGAUUGAUGUACCGUUUCUAGAUCUUCUUAGUGCCACUCGCUCGCUGUCUUCGCUUGCGGACUCUGUUGUGGAGAAACUGCGGCAGGCUUGA